CCACUUCACAUCCGCUUCCUCUCUUGGGCUCAGGCUUUGAUGAGAUCAGAUGCACGUAGGUGUGACAAUUAGAACAAGAAUGGCAGGGCGACAUCGGCAGCCGCAGCGCAAAUUAUGCAGUGCACAAGCCACAGAUCACGUGAAGCCGGCGUUAUGCAAGUGAAACUGAAGUCAUCGUCAGAAAGAAUCGCCAGCGACAGUAGACCAGACACAAACGACACAAUGAGCCUUUUCGCAACAUCAAGGGCGCUCGCCUUCCGCCCACGGGCAUUCGCAACGAUCCAGAGCCCAAUCGCAGCAUCAUGGCGCCGCGGCUACGCGACCGAUCCCAAGCAAAGCGGAGGCGCUGGACCCAACAUGAACCAGCAAGAGCACAUCAGUGAGGAAGCAGCAAAAAUUGCAAAGAUCCAGGGUGAAAAGGGCCCGGAUUUGGAGCAGGGUACACCAGUGCAGGAGCUCCUCGAGGAAGACAAGGAAGCACAGAAACACGCACCCCAAGUGCUCAAGGACAGCAUCAAGGCUGGCACUGCCCACCCCAAGCCUUCGGGAACCCGCUCAUUCUCGACCUUCGCACGCCGUAACCAGGAGCUGAACGAGUUCAAGGACGACACAUUUGACGAUUCCCUGAUCGCAAACACAAACUUUGGUACGCCCGAACUUGCUGUGCCGGCAACUCCUGUCACGGCUACACCUACUGGUCACAAGUUUGGUCUCCCCACUCUGCCGUUGCCUAGCAAUGCCCACAAAGACUACCGCUACGACCCUGUCGUGCGACAGUUCACAAACUUGAUGAUGCAGCAUGGCAAGCUUAGUGUCGCUCAGCGCAACAUGUCUACCAUCCUGACACAUCUGCGCACCCAGUCUCCUCCAAACUACAAUCCUAGUAGACCUCUGCUGCCCGGUGCUCCCCCACCAUCCCACCUUCCUUUGAACCCUGUCCUUUACCUCACACUUGCUGUCGACAGCAUCGCCCCUCUCCUGCGCAUUCGCUCGCAACGUGGUGCUGCCGGUGGUGGUGUCGCUUUGCAAAUUCCUGUCCCAUUGGGUCUCCGUCAACGUCGUCGUACUGCUUUUGAAUGGAUUCUGGACGCUGCUUCCAAGCGCAAGUCGCGUGGUAGCGGUCGCGACAUGUUCGCUCUCCGUGUUGCCGAAGAGAUUGUUGCCAUCAUCGAGGGCCGCAGUUCUGCUUGGGAGAAGCGCACCGGUAUCCACAAGAUCGCUACCACUGCCAGAAGUAACCUUAACACCAGAGGUGGUGGCCCCAGAAGGUAGAUGGUCUAUGACCUGACGCCUACGACGAGGAUAUGAAUAUCGUCCUUCUUUCUCCAUUCCACAACUCAUACUGCCGUGCUCUAUAUCCCAGUAACGCGAGCCUGUACACUAGUCUGAUUCCAUUCUCUUGUAUCCACUUUCUGCAGAAAAACAAGUUGCACAACGACGCAUCUUCUAAUCAACACCAAACCUCUCAUAUUGAACCUAUACUGUGUUGAAGGACUGAAGCAUCGUC